GCAUUAAAUGGGCACAUGGUUUAAAGGGACUUUCGGAUGCCACGGACAAUUUGUUUGUUAAAAAUUUAUUAGAAUCUGCGUAACACUUAUUAUAAAGUGCACAUGCUGUGGGAUUUUCUGGUCCAGGUUUACAGAUUAUGAUAUACAACAUAUAGUCGUUUAACAUGAUACAAGAGUUCUCAUUGUCAGGAUCUAUCUGGACAACAUGUUUUGUUGCUAUAGUUACUGGUUUUGUUGUGUAUUGGAUGAAACAGAAAUGGAAAUACAAAUACCCGCCGGGACCUCUAGCAUUGCCGCUAAUUGGAAAUAUGUUGCAAAUUGACAGAAAGAAAAUGCAUGAACAAGCGUUUGAGUGGUCAAAGAAAUAUGGGCCACUCGUUACAGUUAGAUUAGGAACCUUUCAGUUGGUCUUUGUUAACUCAAUAGAUCCUGCGUUGGAGGUAUUGGUCAAGAAGUCAACAGACUUUGCUUCGAGAGUACUUACUCCAUCUAUUGGUAUUUUAUCUUACGGUGGGAAAGACAUUGGUUUUAGUAACUAUGGACCAACGUGGAAAUUACACAGAAAAAUUGCAUCGAAGGCUUUACGGAAAUAUAUGCAAGAAGACGCGUUAGAACACAGAAUAGUUGACGCUAUGAAGACGGCCUUUGUUGAAAUUGAUAAAAUUACCGGCCAGUUUGAUCCAGGACAGUACAUAAACUUUAUAAUUCUUAACAUUCUUACAGGUCUUUGCUUUGGCGGAAAGUACGAUUUCAAAGAUGAAGAGGUUAGCUAUAUAAUAAAAACCAAAGAUGAUGUAAACGAAAAGCUGGCAUUGAUGAUUUUGGAAGACUUUGUGCCUGUACUAACAUAUGUGUAUAAAUCGCAGGCCUUUAAAGAGUUGGAGGCUUCUGUUCAUCAAAUGAUCGAAGGUUUUAUACGGAGAAAAUUCAAGGAAGCAGAAUCUACGUUUAAGAAAGAUGACAUCCGACAUUUUGCGGACCAUUUGAUUCUUGCUCGUAUGGAGGCGGAAGAAGAGGAGGGUAAGGAUGAGCUCGUUGGACUUGAUGAAGAUCACCUUAUCCAAACCAUUGCUGACAUAUUUUAUGCUGGCACAGAUACAUCCCGAUUUACGCUACAGUAUGCCCUCUUAUACAUGGUGGCAUUUCCUGAUAUACAAGAAAAGGUUCAAGAGGAGAUAGAUAACGUUGUUGGGAAAGACAGAUUACCAGGAAUUGCAGACCGCCCUAAUCUUAGUUACACGGAAGCUGUUUUACAUGAAAGUAUGCGACUUGCAAGCAUUAAUCCAACUGGACUUUUUCAUCAAGCUUCUUGUGAUUCAGAAGUAUCCGGAUACAGAAUUCCAAAAGGCACAAACAUCGCUAUCAAUUUCUGGGCGCUUCACCAUGAUCCAAGCGCCUGGGAUGACGUUGAUCGAUUUAUUCCAGAAAGAUAUCUAGGUGAAGAUGGAAAACUUGGACCUAAGCCAAAAAACUGGCUGCCAUUUUCGGCGGGAACAAGGGCGUGCCUUGGAGAGUUUGUAGCAAAACCCAAAGUACAUUUAAUCUUUGCAAGUUUAAUGCAACGCUACAAAUGGAAAAUGGAGUCUGGAAUAUGUCCAGACAUCACUCCUGUUGGCACAUUUAUGCUGUUAACUUGUAAGCCACAAAAGGUCAUUGUUGAGAAGAGAGUUUAACAUUUUUAAGAUAUGCGAAUUAAGAAUCAAAUUAAUUUGAAAAGAAAAACAUUAGUGACAUGCAAUUGUACAUAACACAUGUUUGUAUUUCAUGAAAUCCUAUUAAAGUACGAGGCUCGUGGUGUUUUAUAAACAUUUCGUUGGAUAUAUUCAGGUAAUAUAAUUUCUUGGUUAAAAAAUGGAACGUUUCUACAUUAACUCUUUUAAAGUUUUGAAAUGUGGCGUGAUUAUUAUGAGCACCAUAUGUGAGAGAAACCUCUAUAGAACAGUAUGCAUUAUUAAACACUUUCCUAAUAAAUGCUGCUUGUUGUUACUGUU